CGGCAGGGCCCGGGUGCGGCCCCGCACCCCCUCCCCUGUUGGAGGGGGCGGGCAGUCCGCGCUCAGCUCCGGUGGCGAGUGCGGCCGGUGGGGCGGCGGCAGGACCGGCACAAAGUUGACGGCGAUUCCCCUCGAAGGACGAGGCGGCUCGGGACGGCUCUAAUCCUCUGCUAAUCAUGGACCCAUAUUUUGCUGGUUUUAAGCACGUUCAGCAAGACUAUGAAGCCACUCUUGAACUUGAAAGUGAAGAGUCUCAAAAACCUAUCAAUGCACAAAAUUCUAGGACAGGGUCCUAUGGUGUCAGCAUUAGAGUCCAAGGAAUUGAUGGACAUCCUUACAUAGUACUAAACAAUACAGAAGGAUGUUUGUCAGAAAAUCCUCCUCCUGUAAAUGAAGAGCAGGUCAUUUCUCAGACUGUAAGCAAACCAGCCAUAGACUCCAAUGCUUCUUUUAAUUUGGAGAACAAAAACAGUGAACACACAAAGUUUCCUGGAAUGCAGCAUGUGCAACUCUGUAUGCUUGAAAGCCUAAAGAUAACCAAUCUGGAUGAAAAGGAAAGAGGAUUAUCAGAUUUUAAAGAUGGAACAAUGAAAUCCUCCAACUUGUUGAAUUUUCAAAGACAUCCUGAACUUCUGCAGCCUUAUGAUCCUGAAAAAAUUAACUUGAAUCAUCACCCAUCUUCUGAGUGCAGUAAAUCUAAAUCUUUUACAGGUGAAAAAAAUGAAGCAAAGCCUUGGAUUACCUCAUCUAAAGUAGUGUCCUUACAGAAAACAAAUACAUAUCUUGCAGAGUCAGCCAAAGCAAAUUCAAACUCAAGAAAGAUACAGAUGAACAGGCCAGUAGAAGACCAAAAUAAGCAGUAUUGUCCCAGUAGUAUGAUCAGCUCCAACAAAAUGUGUGUUUCAGAAUCAUUUUCAUCUGCAGGAGGAUCCCCAUGUAUCAGUCCCACUGCUUACCCAGAGACAAGAAAACCCAGACCAGAUGUGCUUCCCUUUCGCAGACAGGAUUCAGCUGGGGCAGUACUGGAUGGCUCACGAAGAUCAUCGUCCUCCUCAGCUACUCCCACAUCUGCAAAUUCCUUGUACAGAUUUUUACUGGAUGACCAAGAGUAUGCCAUCUAUGCAGACAAUGUUAAUCGGCAUGAAAACAGAAGAUAUAUCCCAUUUUUGCCUGGAACUGGUCGUGAUAUUGACACUGGUUCACUUCCAGGAGUAGAUCAGCUAAUUGAAAAGUUUGACAAGAAAGUUGAUCCUCACAGAAGAGGUAGGUCUGGGAAAAGGAAUAGAAUUCAUCCAGAUGAUCGUAAAAGAUCAAGAAGUGUUGAUAGUGCCUUGUCUUUAGGGCCUGAUGUAAAUACAGAUUAUUUAGGUGAAUUCAGUAAAACCUUGGGUAAGUCAACUGAGCGCUUGCUGAGACCAUCUAAAGUUUGCCUUCACAAGCAGUUAUCCAGAGAUCAAAAGCCACCUUCCAAAGAUAUGAAGAUUUCUGCUCGAAGUAUUGGAAAACUGCAGGUGCCUGAAAAAGACACUCAGAACAGCAAUUUCAGUUCUUUGCAGUAUCAUAAACAAAACGGAGCUGAUAAAGAGAACUUGCUGUUUAGGUCUUCAACGCUCCCAGGACAGAAUAAGAGAGAGGAAGUUAAAACAGUAACUUCUACUUUGUUGUUACCAAACCGAAUGACAAUUCCACCUGAUUCAGAAGCUAAGAAGAUUUCUGUAAAAACAUUUUCAUCUGUCCCAAGUAUACAGGCAACUCCUGAUCUCUUAAAAGGCCAGCAAGAUCUUGCACAGCAAACAAAUGAAGAGACUGCUAAACAAAUACUUUACAAUUACCUUAAGGAAGGAAGUGCUGAUAAUGACGAUGCAACAAAGAGGAAAGUCAACUUAGUUUUUGAGAAAAUUCAGACUUUGAAGUCAAGAGCUGCUGGAAAGACACAGGUUUCAGAUUCUUCUGCUGAAAUAAAAGCAUUGGUGGAACAAAAGGCAGAACUUGAAAGGAAAGUGGAAGAAUUGGAGAAAAAACUGGAUCUAGAAAUUAAGAAUCAGCAGAAUUCCAAAGAAGAGAGAGAGGCUACACAGGCAAGCCUGAAAGAUCUUCAGUUGCAGCUUGAUGAAACCAUACGUGAAAAAGAAGACUUAAAAAAGCAGCUGGAAGAAAAUGAGAAGGAACUCAGGGAAAAUCUAGAGGAGCUUUUUCAAGUGAAGAUGGAGCAGGAACAACACCAGACUGAGAUCAGAGAUCUUCAAGACCAGCUCUCUGAGAUGCACGAUGAACUGGAUACUGCAAAACACAUUGAUGAAGGGGAAAAAGAGGUUCUGCUUGAGGAGCUGAUGCAAAUGAAGCAGGAUCUGCAGGAAGUAUUAAUAGCAAAAGAUCAACAAGAAGAGAUUUUGAGGAAAAGAGAGAGAGAGCUUACAGCUUUAAAAGGAGCACUAAAGGAAGAAGUAUCUAGCCAUGACAUGGAGAUGGAUAAACUUAAGGAACAACACAGUAAAGAAUUGCUCAGUCUACAGGAGAGCCUGGAGAAAGCAACAGAGAGUGCUGCUGUCCUUGCCAGUGAAAGAAAUGCUGCACAAGAGGUGCGAAGUAGUAUAGAAAAUCAAGUCAGAGGGCUGAACGAGGAAAAUGAACAGUUGAAGAGAACAAUUGAUGAGUUAAAGAGUAAAAUUGAAGAGCUGCACAAAGAAAUUGAUAAUAUGAAAGGAAAAGAAAAUUCAGUGGAGGAAAAAGCAAAGAAAUAUGAGGAAGAGAAACAGCAAUUAGAAGAAGCUUUGAAACAUGCUGAAAAGGAAGUGAAAGAACUGGUAGUAUUAAAGAAGUCUUUGGAAAGCCAACUAGAAGAUAUGCAGGAGAACAUCCGUUGCAUCUCCCAGGAGCGGCAGCAGUUAACUCAGCAGUUAAAAGAUGAAAUUCACCAGAAGGAACAUUUAAAGCAGAUAAAGAAUGAGAUGGAGAAUGAACAAAGGGAACUGAACAAGACUGUUGAAAAGUUACAGGAGAAGAUGUCUGAAAUGGUAGAAAUCUCACAAACAUCAGCUCUGGAGCUCCAGAGCCAACUUGAUGAAUACAAGGAGAAACAUCGCAAGGAACUUGCAGAUCUGCAAAGGCAGCUAAGAGAGAAAAACCUUGAGGUAGAAAAAUCACGCCUGACAGCCAUGAGGAUGCAAGAUGAGAUGCGUCUCAUGGAAGAAAACUUGAGGGACCAUCAGAGAGCUCAGGAUGAAGCAAUAACAAAAACUCAGCUGCUAGAACAGACUGUAAAAGGCUUGGAGUAUGAACUGGAAGCCAAAAACCACUUAAAAGAUGAUCGGGCAAGACAAAUCAAAAUAAUGGAGGACAAGUUAUCUCACCUGGAACUUGAGCUUGAUGAAGAAAAGACUAAUUCAGAUUUGUUAUCUGAGAGGAUCAGUAGAUGCAGAGAACAGAUUGAGCAAAUGAGGACAGAGCUUCUUCAGGAAAGAGCUAUAAAACAAGAUUUGGAGUGUGACAAAAUUUCAUUGGAAAGACAGAACAAAGACCUGAAGAGUCGAAUCCUUCACUUGGAGGGUUCUUACCGAUCCAGUAAAGAGGGACUGGUUGCUCAGAUGGAAGCACGGAUAACCGAGCUAGAGGCACGACUGGAGAAUGAAGAGAGGGAUAGAGCUAAUUUCCAACUAAGUAACCGCAGGCUUGAAAGAAAAGUGAAAGAGUUAAUGUUGCAAGUAGAUGAUGAACAUCUCUCAUUGACUGAUCAGAAGGACCAGCUGAGUUUACGUUUGAAAGCAAUGAAACGUCAGGUUCAAGAAGCUGAAGAAGAAAUUGACAGACUGGAAAGUGCUAAAAAGAAACUCCAGAGAGAACUGGAAGAGCAACAAGACAUGAAUGAAGAAUUGCAAGGGAAACUUAAUGCUGCAAAGAAGGAAUUAAGACUGAAGAAGUCACCAAGUAAAGUGUUGGCUGAUUCUGAUGAUGAUGACGAUGAUGAUGAUUUCAGCACGGAUGGUGAUAGUUUCUGUGAAGCACCUGCAGGAAAUAAUUUUUCAAAAGACGAUGACACGAAAAUGUAAAUAAGUAUUGAAUCUGUGUUGAAUAACAUAAAUUAUCAAGAAACUGGAUAAUCUAGAAGCCAAAUGACAUAAAGGGAUUUAAGAGUUGGAAAUACAGCGUUUCCGUCCAUACUGUGCCAUUUUCUUUCUUAGAUUUCCACUGUUUAUUAUAUAAAAUCUGGUUGCGUUAUAAAAAAAGCUAUAAAACAUGGAUAUAUAUAUAUAGAUAUAUAUCUGCAACUAAA